ACUGUCAGGUUGGAGCCCAGUGGAGACCGAUGGUUGAGACCAGGUCUGAGGAAGUAUUUCUGUGAACUCACCCUGGAUCCAAACACAGCGCACAGACACCUCAAACUGUCUGAAAACAACAAGAAGGUGGAACUAGUGGAGGAGGAUCAGUCCUAUCCAGAUCAUCAGGACAGAUUUGAGAAGAUGCAUCAGCUGAUGUGUUCAACUGGUCUGACUGGUCGCCAUUACUGGGAGGUCCAGUUCAGUGGACGGGUUAAUUUUACAGUGACUUACGGAGGAAUCAGAAGGAAAGGAAGCAGUUUUCCCAGUGGGUUUGGAGGAAAUGAUCACUCCUGGAGUCUGGAGUCUUAUGAAGGUGGAUACAGGGUCUGGCAUAAUCACAAAGAAACACCCCUCCAUCAGUCUUCCUCCUCCUCCUGGCCCUCCUGGUCCCGCUCUGGUACACUAUCAGUGUAUGUGGACUGUCCUGCUGGAUCUGUGUCCUUCUAUGAAGUCUCCUCUGACAAACUGAUCCACCUCUACACCUUCAAAACCACAUUCACUGAACCACUGUUUAGAGGAUUUGGACUGACGUGGCCUGGAUCCACAGUGUGUCUGUGUGAUGUGUAGAUGUGGAGUGUAGUUGUAUAGUUGUGUUGUGUAGUUGUCAGUAUUGGGAAUAAUGAUGUUAAAAACAGCGGUGUUACUAACGCCAUUACUGUUUUCCAGUAACGGGUAUCUAAUGAAUUACUAUUUGAAACAUUACAACGCUGUUACCGUGACCGGCAGUGAAAUGUGGUGUGUUACUAUGCACUGAUAUCUAA